GCUCUCAUAGAACAUCUCCUCCAUUUUCUCUCUUCUUUUUUUAUAUAAAGACAUCUUCUCUUCUCUCUUCUCUCUCAAAAUUCCAUCUCUUUCUCUGAUCAUUGAGAAGUCAGAAUCAAUCAUGGCUCAAGAAGAGAUACAGAAGCCUGCUGCUUCAACCACCACUGCUCCUGUUCCGGCAAAGGAGGAAACUCCUGUCGUGCCGCCGGUUAAGGAGGUUUCUGCACCUGUUACUACGGAGAAAUCAGUGACAGCGCCUGCUCCUGAGUCCAAGGAGGAGCAAGUUGUGUCUGAGAAAGAGGCGCCUGUUACGGUGACGGAACCGGAGGUUACGGUGGAGGAACUGGAGGUGACUGCGGAGAAGGUUGAAGAGAUCGUGACGGGACAAGUGAUCGCGCAUGCAGAAUCGUUUAAGGAGGAAGGCUAUUUGGCUUCAGAAUUGACGGAAGCUGAGAAGAAUGCGUUGGCUGAGUUUAAGGAGAUGGUGAGGGAAGCUUUGAACAAGCAUGAAUUCACCGCUCCACCGCCACCUCCGGUGAAAGAAGAGACAGUCGAGGAGACGAAAACAGAGGAAACAGAGGAAGUGAAAACAGAGGAAACAGAGGAAAAAUCGGCAGUGGUUGAGACCAAACCAGAGGAGAAAUCUGCUGCUCCCACCGCUGCAGAGACCAAGACGGAAGAAAAAUCCGCCGUUACUGCUCCAGAAGAGACCAAACCAGCUGCUCCUGCCCCCGCAGAGAUCAAGAAGGAAGAAAAAGCGGUCGCUCCUACACCUGUAGAGACCAAACCGGCUGCUCCGGUCGUAGCAGAGACAAAGAAGGAAGAGACACCAGCUCAGGUGGAGACCAAACCGGCUGCCCCGGUCGUCACAGAGACAAAGAAAGAAGAGACACCCGCUCCGGUAGAGACCAAACCAGCUGCUCCAGUUACCACUGAGACCAAGAAGGAAGAGAAACCGGUUCCGGUAGAGACCAAACCGGCUGCACCAGUCGUCACAGAGACCAAGAAGGAAGAGAAACCGGCUCCGGUAGAGACCAAACCGGCUGCUCCAGUCACCACUGUGACCAAACAGGAAGAGAAACCGGUUCCAGUAGAGACCAAAGCGGCUGCUCCAGUGACCACUGAGACCAAACAGGAAGAGAAACCGGCUCCGGUAGAGACCAAACCGGCUGCUCCGGUCACCACAGAGAUAAAGAAAGAAGAAGAGAGAGAAGAAUUGGUAACAAUCGAGAAGGCUUUCGCUGCUGAAGUAGAAGAAGCAACCAAAACGGUCGAAGCAAUCGAAGAAUCGAUCGUCUCCAUCACUCUUCCGGAGACAGCUGCCACAGUAGAGCCAGAAGAAGUCUCAAUCUGGGGCAUCCCACUUCUCCAGGACGAAAGAUCCGACGUCAUCCUCCUCAAGUUCCUCCGAGCCCGCGACUUCAAGGUCAAAGAAGCCUUCACCAUGCUGAAAAACACCGUCCAGUGGCGCAAAGAAAACAACAUCGACGACCUCGUGGAAGAAGAUCUCCAAGGAGUCGAGUUCGAGAAGAUGGUUUUCACUCACGGAGUUGAUAAGCAAGGACACGUUGUGAUCUACAGCUCGUACGGUGAGUUCCAGAACAAGGAGAUUUUCUCAGACAAAGAGAAGUUCAACAAGUUCCUCAAGUGGAGGAUUCAGUUCCAAGAGAAGUGUGUGAGGUCUCUUGACUUUAGCCCCGAGGCUAAGUCCUCGUUUGUGUUCGUCAGUGACUUCAGGAACGCGCCAGGACUCGGUAAGAGAUCAUUGUGGCAGUUUAUCCGACGCGCCGUUAAGCAGUUCGAAGACAACUAUCCAGAAUUUGUCGCUAAGGAGCUGUUCAUUAAUGUCCCAUGGUGGUAUAUUCCUUACUACAAAACAUUCGGGAAUAUCAUUAUAUCUCCACGGACAAGGAGCAAAAUGGUCCUUGCUGGUCCAUCCAAAUCCGCUGAAACCAUAUUCAAAUAUGUAGCUCCUGAAGUUGUCCCGGUUAAAUACGGUGGACUCAGCAAAGAAAGCCCAUUCGCUGUUGAAGAUGGAGUCACCGAGGCCGUAGUUAAAUCCUCAGCUAAACACACUAUUGAAUUGCCUGCUUCCGAGGGUUCCACGCUAUCCUGGGAGCUUAGGGUUCUGGGCGCGGACGUGAGCUAUGGAGCUCAGUUUGAGCCGACCAGCGAGUCAAGCUACACCGUGAUCGUCUCUAAGAACAGGAAAAUCGGUUUAACUGAUGAACCCGUGAUAACCGAUUCUUUCAAGGCGGGUGAACCAGGAAAGAUCAUCAUUACGAUUGAUAACAAUACGUUUAAGAAGAAGAAGGUGAUCUACAGGUUCAAAACGCAAGCAUAAGACUAUGUCACGAUCUUAAAAGAAAAAUGGUUAUUGCGUACAAGUUUUAAUUAAUUUAAAUUAGAAUUUUAUUUGUUUAUGUACUUUUAAAAACCUCAAAAGGGGAUUGUGCUUUUGUCAAUGGUUUUGAUUUGCUUUGGUGAUGGGAUUUUUUUUUGUUAAUGAUUUUUAUUUAUACAAAUGUGUGAGUGCUGAGAUGUGUUUACUUUUUUUUAGAAAUAAUGAGAUGUGGUUACUUGACAAUUUUCUUUUGGUUCGAAAAAAGUAUUUGAUACAUUA